AUGGGUGACCAGUUUAAUGCAACGUUUAUAACGUUUGGUGGCCACGUACAAGUGAACACGUACAGAUAUCUUUAUAUUGUUCUCAUGUUUACAGUAUAUAUACUGAUUAUCUGCUGUAAUUCAACUAUCAUAUGCCUUAUCUGCAUUCAUAAAAACCUCCAUCAGCCUAUGUAUAUCUUCAUUGCAGCUUUGCUACUAAACUCUGUUUUUUACAGCACGGCUAUCUACCCGAAGCUUUUGAUGGAUUUUUUAUCUGAGAAACAAAUCAUAUCUUACUCAGCCUGUCUCUUUCAGUGUUUUUUAUAUUACUCUUUAAAUGGUGCAGAAUUCUUACUGCUGGCAGCCAUGGCUUAUGACAGAUAUGUGUCUAUAUGUAAACCUCUGGAAUAUCCAAGAAUAAUGAGGAGAGCAACCAUUAAUAUAUUUUUGGUUUUAGCUUGGCUUUUGCCAGCUUGUCAGAUUACAGUUCCAGUUGCACUCAGUGCUAAGAGCAAACUGUGUAACUACAUUUUGAAAGGAAUCUUUUGCAACAAUGCCAUUUACCAUCUCCACUGUGUGAGUUCAAGAUUAUUGUCUGUGUAUGGUGUAAUUGUUUUGUUAAACGUUUCUGUAUUCCCUGUGCUUUUCAUCUUUUUCACCUACGCGAAGAUAUUCAUAAUAACCUACCAAAGUCACAGAGAAGUCAAACAGAAAGCUGCACAGACCUGUUUACCACACCUGCUGGUUUUGAUCAACUUCUCUUUUUUGGUAACAUAUGAUGUUGUUGUAGUAAAACUGGAAUCGGAUUUUCCAAAAACUGUUCGUUUAGUAAUGACGUUACAAGUGAUUUUGUAUCAUCCCCUCUUUAACCCGAUCAUAUAUGGACUAAAAAUGAAAGAAAUUUCUAAACGCUUAAAAAGGCUGUUGUGUAGAUGCAAACUGAACAUAACAAAGAAGAGUUAA